AGCUGCUGCUUGGAUUAUCUCAAGAUGUCAAGUUUGUUCUUCACGUUGCUUCUUUUUGGCUUGGUCAUCGAAAAUCUUCUGGGUUUCCCUCCAACAUUUCUGCGUUUCCCUGGACGCACAUCUGGCCUCCAUGGAGAAACCGUGGGACCAUGAUGCCAUCCAGGCUGCUAUUUACAGCUCCACUGGAACAAGAACAAGAAGCUGGGUUGGAGGCACCGACGCUGCAAAGGAAGGUGAGUGGACGUGGAGCGAUGGUUCCCCCUUCACCUUCACUAACUGGGGUCCAGGACAACCAAACAACUCAGGUGGAGACAAGCACUGCAUGGAGAUCAACCUGAACGGUACAACGUUUAAGUGAACGACAGAAUCUCAGUUGUGUUUUUGUUCUUCACGGCUCCAGCUUGGCUCAGGAUUCUGUUUUUUCUUUCCACAGGAACAUAAGAAUCCGUCAACAACGUGAACUGCAACAGAGAGAAUCCUUUCGUUUGUGCUAAAGACGCUAAAGUUCUGUAAAGGUGGUGGCAACCUGC